AUGGCGCCGGAGGGCGAACGAGCCACCGAGGCGGCGGCCGAGCGCUCGAGUGGAAAACCGGAGACGACGGCGAGCGAGCGCGUGCACGCGGGACGAGCGAUGAGAGAGAACGACGUGGUGCUCUUGGAGAUGAACGAUGGCGAGCGAGCGACGUUCGCGACGCUGCGAGCGGGGAAGGUUAUCGAUUUGGGGAAGCGGGCGAGAGCGCCGGCGGAGGCCUUCUUAGGCGCGCCGUUUGGAUCGAUGUACGAGGCGCGACACAACACCGGAGAGGUGGAACGCAUAGGAGCGACGACAGAGGUAAUAAACGAGGAGACAGACGACGAGGAGGCGUUCGCGGCGCCGUUGGCGGACGAGCGGUCGAAUAAAAACGUGCCAAAUACGGAACACGGCGCGCAGACGCUCACCGAUAGCGAAAUUGCGGCGCUGAAGAGAGAGUUCACAGGAGAGGAGAUGGUGGAGAUCAUCGCUGCGUACAGCAAGACGUUCGAGGAGAAAACGGCGUUCGCACAGGAGAAGUAUAAGGCGAGAAAGUUGAAGAAGCACAUGACAAAAAUUUUGGCGCGCUUCCCCUCGCCCAGGGUGGUGUGCGAGCAGUACUUUUACGAAAAUCCGAGCAAGACUUCGUACAUGCGAUUCGAUUCGCUUUCGAUGUUGAUGAACAUGGCGAACGUCGGGGCGCACGGACAAACUUUGGUCCUGGAGACGUGCGGUGGUCUGGUUCUUGGUUCGAUUAUGCAUCGCAUGGGAGGUUUCGGUCGAAUUUGCAAUGGUUUCGUUGGCACCAAUCCGACCGGAAUGGAGGUCGUGCAGAACAUGAACUUCGAUCCCACGCACUACGACAGCGUUCGACACGCAUCGCUCUCUGGACUUAUCGAGGCAAGACAGAAGGGCGCUGUCGAGGCGGAUACCACGCGAGCCAAAUCGAUGGAGACUACCGAGCCAUCAACUGCGGAAAAGAAGGAACGUGUGUACAUGAAGAUGAAGUUCGCCAACGACGGCGAUAUGUCGGAUUUUACGCAGCACGGUUUUAGCUCACUAGUCAUCGCCUCGCUCUCCGUUGAGCCCAAGGCGGUGCUCGAGCAGCUGUUGCCUCUGUGCGCGUCCUCAGCGUCUUUCGCUGUGUGGUUCAACGCCUCCCAACCUCUCGCGGAAGCGUAUUACUACCUUCGUAACUCCAACUUGGCGGUCAAUCUCUCACUUGUCGAGCCGUUUCUUCGCUCGCAGCAAGUGCUCCCGGGUCGCACGCAUCCGGUUAUGACCACCGACGCCGGCUCGGGCGGUUUCAUCUUGAGCGGCACCUAUGUCGGCGGUGUGAACACGAAUACUCCGAUCGAAGCGAACAAGAAGCCCAAGCGAGAGGAGAAUAGCUAG